GGUGCUGGGUGUGGGGUGGUCUCUAGCACUGAACAAACACUCUGAGGUGCCUUCCCAGAGCCUGGCCCUCCGCAGACACAGAGAGCAGCACUGCAACCUGGAAGGAGGAGCUCCAUCAUGAUUCCACAAGUAGUGACCAAUGAGGCUGCCAUGGUCAACCAUUCCCAAACAGGCCAUCCACAACCUACCCACCAGACGGAAGGCAGCCUGAAGAAACGCCUAAAGGCAGAGGUCAAAGUGUUGGCGGCCAUCCAGAUCAUGUGUGGUGUGGUGGUGUUGAGUCUGGGCAUCAUUUUGGCAUGUUUUCCCCCUGCCCAACAUUUGACCUCAGUGUUUUCUGUCCUGUUAAAAUCUGGCUACCCGUUUGUAGGAGCUUUGUUUUUUAUCAUCUGUGGAAUUCUGUCCAUCAUCACCGAGACAAAGUCAACAAAGGAGUUGGUAGAUGCCAGCCUGAUUAUGAACAUCCUGAGUGCCUCAUUUGCGUUCAUCGGCAUUAUUAUCCUCAUUGUCAACCUGGCUGCUUUGCAUCCUGCCUCAGACCAGUGCAACCCAACCAAUGAGUUUAUAUCGCUUUUUCUCAUCCCAUACCACCACAGAUGCUCCCCCGUCAAGGUUGUCCUGACUGGAGCCCUUUCACUGAUGCUGAUCUUCAGUGUGCUGGAGUUUGGCCUGGCUGUGCUCAGUGCCAUGCUGUGGUGGAAACAGCAUCACUCUGACUUCGUUCAGAAUGUGCUUUUCCUGUUUCAUAACUAAAAUUAUGAAUCCAACAUGGAGUAAAAGGAACUUUGUAACCCUACAUAUGAGGAACGAUUGAUUUCUUAUGAAAAAAAAGGGGGGGGGAAUAUACAACAAGAAAUACAUCUUCAUGCUAAUGCAGAAAACCCAACCAUCACAAGGUAGCAAUGAUUGUUUCUUAAAAUGUAGGCUGUUUAUACAUUGAAUACCAGUAAUGAGUUGAAUGGCUUCAAUAAUACCCUACUGAUUUUAACCUCAGCCAAAGCUCAGUCCUGCAAAGAGUGCCCAAAGGUUCCCAGAUAUUUCUCAGAAAGCCAACAGAAUGUUUCAGGGGAUUGUGGUGGAGAAAAGGGGCAACAUAUUCUUGUCCCCUGUAAUUAACAGCAAUAAUUAAGUAUUAACAGUCCCUGUGUCCAGAAUCCCUGUGGUGGUACGGGUCUUUCAUCAUGUCAAUUGUGCAUAGAAACAAGUAGCCUGCAAUGAAGUCUUAAGAAGUAUACAUGUUGCUGGUUUCAAAAUAAAGCUUUUUUUGUGUGAUUA